AUGAAGACAUAUGAGGACGCGGCCCGUCCGAUUGGCGCGCCACUAGCCGGCUGGCGACGGCCGGCCCGUCUAGCUGGCCCGAACGACAACCGGUGGAUCAGCACCCAUCUCAUCUGCCCGUACGAGCAUGUGACAAAAGCAUGGCAAGGUCCUGCCCGGGGGAGGCACGCACCGGUGCACCACCGCACCGGACCGAGCGCAGAAGAAAAGGGCCACUGCCCUGCUCCGUUCCGGCCUCCGUCUGCCAUUGAUGACUACUGCUUUCAGUACGAUCCGCCCGCCCGCAAAAGUCGAGCCACAGCACGCACGCACACAGCGAAGUGUGCUUCGUCCUCGCGUGUCAAGUUCGGUUCGUUUGUUCGCGAGGAUUCCCAGAUGCUCUUUCUGACAGAUAUGGCCCACCGGUCAGUCUCUUACAAAAAAACCGGCCCGGACCGCUUCAAUCCGGAAAAAACCGACUCUCUCUCUCUCUUCAUCGGACCGAAUAGGCAAGAAAAACCAGCCCCCUUCGUCUCGCCCUCGCUCCGGCGCCUGUCGCUCCGGCGCCCGGAGAUGCGUGGCGAGAAGUAGCAGCAGAGCAGCCCGGCGACGAGCCCGACCACGGCGACGGCGUCCUCCGGAUCCCCACCCAGUCCUCCUCAUCCGCCGUCGUCGACGACGACGUCUCCGCCAAGCGCCGCCGCAAGCUGCAGCCCACGCGCG